AAAAUAUAAUCUCUCCUUUUACUCACUAUAAUCAAAUAAUCAAUUUCCAAGACAAGAGAAUAUGGAAGCAAAGAAGGUCCCAGAAGUGUUGCUAAACUCAGGGCAUAAGAUGCCAAUGAUAGGUCUAGGAACUUCAGUAACUCCUCUUCCACCACAUCAAACUCUCAUCCAAAUCUUCAUUGAUGCCUUUGAAGCUGGCUACACACACUUUGACACUGCUUCCCUUUAUGGAACUGAAGAGCCUCUAGGCAUAGCUUUGGCCAAGGCCUUAGAGCUUGGAAUCGUAAACAGCCGCCAUGAAGCCUUCAUCACUUCCAAACUUUGGUGCAACAAUGCUCACCAUGACCUUGUCCUUCCAGCACUCAAGACCACACUCAAGAAACUUGGGUUGGACUAUUUAGACCUCUACUUGAUUCAUAUGCCAGUGAGGUUGAAACCUGAAGUUGAUGGAGUUCUUGAAAUAAGAAAGGAGGAUUUGCUUCCCUUUGACAUGAAAGGAACAUGGGAAGCCAUGGAAGAGUGUCAAAGAUUAGGCUUAGCCAGAUCCAUUGGUGUAAGCAACUUUGGCAUUAAAAAACUCACACACCUCUUAGAAAAUGCAACUAUUCCUCCUGCUGUCAAUCAAGUGGAAAUGAGCCCAUCAUGGCAACAAGGAAAACUCAGAGAAUUUUGCAAGCAGAAAAGAAUCUAUUUGGCUGCAUGGUCACCAUUAGGAUCUUACACAAAAUCAUGGGGUACUAAUUCAGUUAUGGAGAAUCCAAUCAUUAAUGAAAUAGCCACUUCUAGACACAAGAGUGUGCCUCAGGUAGCAUUGAAAUGGAUAUUGGAGCAGGGGGCAAUCCCCAUUGUGAAAAGCUUCAACAGAGAGAGAAUGAGAGAAAACCUUGAAAUAUUUGAAUGGGAACUGAGCCAAGAGGAAUCACAGAAAUUCAGCCAGAUUCCACAGCGUAGAAUGUUCAGUGGAGAAAUAUUUGUAUCGGAAAAUGGGCCUUAUAAAUCCUUGGAAGAAUUCUGGGAUGCUGAAUCCUAAGACAAAUUAUUCUCUUUAUAACCUUAUUAGUAGCAAUAAAAAUAUAAAAUCCCAUCCCCAAAAAAUGUAUCUUAUAUUUAUCUACUCAAGUGCAUCCAAAGCAUACCAUACAUCGCAAGAGCUAGGAUUGAAUGCAAAUUGGAUUGAUUAUGACCAAAAUUUCGA